UGAGCAUCAUUCCGUUUUUAUCACAGGGGAGAGCAGUUACAGCAGGGACAAUUCAUGCACAAUGAGUGUUUGACAUCUGCGUCUACUCUCUUGAGGGAGUCGGUUAAUUUGGACUGGGAAACAUCUAUUACUGAAGUAAAAACGCGACGACCUUCAAGCCUUCCAUGCGGAUCAUUUUUGAGGCAACACUUGGAUACAUUUCUAUCAUGAAGCACAUGUCCAUCUCGAAAUGGCUAAGUCAACUGGGGUUACCUCAGUACUGCACACUAUUCGAUGAAGAAUAUGAUGGAGUGGAGGUAAAGUCAGCACACACAGACUUGUUACACCUCACAGAGAUGGAUCUUUUGGGUUUAGGGGUCCAAAGUCGUCUCCAUCGCAUCCACAUUCUCUCUAGCAUCCAAGUGCUGCAAGAGCGUGAAGCAAAAAGAGAGCUGAGGAUGAUGGCAGAAGGGAGGUUUUCCAGUCUGCCCAGGAACAUGCACGUUGGGCGGCAGUGCCCGCUCGCAUCUUCCAUGGAUCUGCUGAGCUCACGGGCUGCCGUAGCAGAGAUGCCGGUCAGCGGCUACCAGGGCGUCUCCAUUCAUGGCACACUGCCUCGCAAAAAGAAGAGCAGCACUGGCUCCCCUGUGAAGCAGUGGGAGAUGAAUGGAAACGUGGGAUCAUCAGCGGCCCCACACCCAGGCCGAUAUCGCCUGCCACCGUCACCGCUAAUACACAACGUUAUUGAAGAACAUCAUGCUUUCUACUCAAGCAGGAACUGCAGUGUCACAUCCAGGGACGGCGCAGGCAUGGACCCUAACAUGGAGUAUGUCAAGUUUUCAAGGGACAAGUACAUCAUGGACGGACCACCGGAGAAGCUUCGGAGAGAACUAGAGGAAGAACUGAAACUAAGCAGUGAGGAACCCCGGAGCCAUGCCUGGUAUCAUGGAGCCAUCCCUAGACAGGUGGCUGAAAACCUGGUCCAGCGUGAUGGAGACUUUCUGAUCCGAGACUCGCUGUCCAGCCCGGGAAACUAUGUCCUCACCUGCCAGUGGAAGAACACACCUCAACACUUCAAAAUCAACAAACGAGUAGUAGCCAUGAAUGAGGCCUACUCACGCAUCCAGUACCUGUUUGAGAAGGAGGGAUUUGACAGCGUCCCCGCGUUGGUGCGAUACUAUGUGGGCAACCGGGAGCCGGUAUCUGAGGUUGUCGGAGCGAUUAUCUUCCAGCCAAUCAACAGAGCUCUGCCUCUGAGAUGCCUGGAGGAGAAAUAUGGAGUUGGAUGUAUACGUGUAGAGGCGGGAUACUCCGAGAGAAAGAGCCUGACUUCUAAACGGUUGAGUCUGAAUAUCAUGAACGGACACACCCAGGAUCACACCCUCAGCCGUGGGAACCUCCUCAGCAACAAAGAUAAAUGUGGGAGUCAACCAGCAUGUCUGAACCACGUUCAGGAGAGGAGACGGCCACUGAAGACCCAUCAGUCGGAGAGCUUCCUCCCUAUCGGCUGCAGACCCCAGGCUCAGGUUCGGCAUAUGGAGCACCAGCCAUGCCCCAAAUCCCCGGUUUUCCGAACAGGAAGUGAGCCAGCUCUGAGCCCCACAGUACCACGCAGAAUGGCCUUCGACACCCAGCCUGGCGAGGCCAUUCGUGGAUCUGACAGCCAGCUGUGUCCCAAACCGCCCCCUAAACCCAGCAAGGUCCCCGCUAUGAGAGUAUGCUGCACCCCGGGCCUGAAGACCCUCGCCCCACCAGUCCCCCCGGUAAAACCCCGCAAACAGCGACGGCAGCAGUCGGGUGGCUCAUCGAGUCCGGAAGUAAGCUACUGUGAGCUGAGUCCAUGCAGCCCUGCUGAUUUGGAAAAGAUGAGUAGCUCACAUGCUAACAGCUAUGUGGAGAGGUUAAAGACUGAGGAGGAGUUAAGGAGAAGUGAUAGCAGCAUUAAACUAGAUCGUAGCUCCUACCAUAACGCCAUUGAGGCCCUGGAACACGACAGUGAGGAAGACAACGAGGAGGAUGUGGGCGAAGAAGAGAAUGGCAAGACAGGUUUCCAAAGACCUGUGUUUGAAACUGAAUCAGCAUUCAAACCUGGUGACGUCAACUUCCGGCUUCUACCGGUGGAGAACAAACCAUUGGAGAUGACCGUGCUGAAGAAAGCCAAAGAGUUGUUCAUCAGUCAGGAUCCAAUGACCAUCGCCAAACACAUCCUGAAAGCAGACUGCCAGGUUGCCAGGAUCCUGGAUGUUUCUGAGGAGCUGAAAGGUCAAAUGAGCGUGACCUCUGGGCUGGAGCUGGUGACCCUUCCUCAUGGGAGACAGCUGCGGCAGGACCUCAUGGAAAGGCAUAACACCAUGGCAAUCGGAGUUGCUGUGGAUAUCCUGGGGUGUACAGGAAGUCUGGAGGAGCGAGCAGCCACCCUAAACAGGAUCAUUCUGGUCGCUCUAGAGCUCAAAGACUCGAUGGGAGAUCUUUAUGCCUUUUCCUCCAUAAUGAAAGCACUGGACAUGCCUCAGAUCACCAGGCUGGAUCAUACGUGGACUAGCUUGCGGAGAAAAUAUACACAGACUGCCAUUCUUUAUGAGAAAUCUUUGAAACCAUUCUACAAAGGACUCUAUGAAGGAAGUGCUGAAAUCCCACUGAGCAAUGCCAGUGUCCCGCUGCUAAUGCCCCUGCUCACCUUGAUGGAGAGGCCCGCGGUCACCUUCGAAGAGAUGGACGUCUGGGAGAACAACGACCAAGGCUGCGAAAUCAUGUUCCGGCAUCUGGAAGGAGCUCGUGCUGUUGCACGCAAUGCGGACACCUACACCUGCAAUGCACAGCGGAUCCUCCAGGACUUCCAACCUAAUGAUGACAUGUUGGAGAUCUUGAGGACUGAUUUCCAGUUGCGUCUGCUCUGGGGCAGCAGGGGGGCGGCCGUGGACCAGACAGAGCGAUACGACAAAUUCAAACUCAUCCUCACGGCCCUGUCCAGAAAACUUGAGCCUCCAGUCAAACACACAGAACUCUGAAAAAUGAGGCACGCACUUUGUACAGCAUAUAAGACUCUCUGAGCAAGCAGAAACUGUCCGAACCCCUCUGGAGGCAGGUCAAAGGUCAUCUGAAUCUGUGCCUAAAAAGGAUGUUCUCUAACAUAACAUGUGCUUCAGAAGAUCACGUGCAGCUUGCAAGUUGGAAGCCAUUCAUGAGCACAAAUGAGAGCUUCUUUCUUCAAUAUGCGCCUUCCAGAGGUGUGUUGUGCUCCACACUUAUGACUGGUGAAAUGGGCAGGUACCAGUUUUACCUUCAAGAAAAGAAGGAACGGUACGAAUAGAUCUAAUGGCCAAUACAUCAUCCACCCUAAGAAAUGAAGAUAAAGUUGGAGGCAGAGGGUCCAGGGUCAAUCACUUGACAUAUGAAGGGAUGAAUAAGAGACUGGAAUUAUGGAUUACACCUUCAAGACAAAUGUUCAGCACUAUGAAGGAACAGGAUAUAGCAAAGCUUGUACACUUUUAGAAAUGUCAUGAAACCCAUCUGUCAAAGCAGUGUUGAUCAGCUUAAAAAUCCCACAUGGAAAAGAAUGUACAUAAUCAUUAGUGAACGCAUGUGAAGGCUAGUUUAAUAGUGUAAUAUAUUGUAUGAUGUACUAUUGACCUGUAAAUAGUCACCCAUAAAUGAAAUAUUCGGAAAAAUAUUAAAUAAAUAUCUAAUAAAUGGUUUUUCAUUGUUACUGAAAUCAAAAGUCCCCAUAAAGAUCUUUAUAAUUAUUACUAUUUUUUAAUUAAAGAUUUUAAAUCAA